AUGAUGAGAAGCCACACCAACAUAUCCUCACCUCACCGUCCGUGUCCUGAUCGAGCUCGCCAGCCGUCCCAACAUUCGAUGGUGUCAGAAAAAAUAGCUCCUCCCAUCCUCGCGGGUUGGCAGCCACUCCUGCGCCUUUUUCCAUCUCGAAUUGCUAGCAGCGCAUGCUUCUCCUCUCUUCCUUUGCCUUAUCUUUUGCGAUCGCCACCAUCUCACAAAGCUAUCCACCACAGCCUGCAGCAGCUUGAAAAUCGACCAAACUUGGCAAUCCGGGUGAAACUGGACUGUACAGAGCGGAAACCAAACAGGAUUGAAGAUCCUGGAGCUCUGGUGGAUACCGAACCAAUUGCUUGCCUGCCUUUGCAGUACCAGCCAGCGCCGUCGGGUGCCUCGAGCACAAGCCAAGUUUGA